AUGGAUGAUGGAGAGGUAGAGCUUUCGGAUCCUCUCACAGGCAAUUCGUCGAACACCUUCCGCGCACCAUUAAAGCUUGAAGAUCCAGUUUUGAAUGAUUCCUUGAAGAACAGAAGAACGUGUAGACAAACUCACCCAGAUCAUCAUGAUUCGGUGGAACCCGGCAGGCCAUCGGGAAAUCGGGUAGCGGUUAAGAAGUAUCGAGAGAAGAAGAAAGCACAAAAUGCUUACUUAGAGGAAGAAGUUAAGAAAUUAAGGGUUGUGAAUCGGGGAUUAAUUCGGAAACUGCAGCUUCAGGCUGAUCUGGAAUUAGAGGCUGUGAGACUUAGAAGGUUGUUGUUGGAUUUGAAAGCUCGGAUUGAUGCGGAAAUGGGUGGUUCUCCAUUUUACAAGCAGAGCUGUAAUGGCAGCUCCGACGGUUGCAGCGGCGGCGACUGA